UAUACAUUAAAUAUUGAAAAAAUUUUUUAAUUUAAAAUUCAAAUAUAUAUGACUUAAAGAUGUCAAUAUCAUGUUAUAUCUUAUGAAAAAUGAAAUUAUAAAUGUUUGUAAAAAUUGUUUCUAUGAUAUAAUUAAGUUUUAUUUUAUUUUAUUGAAAAAUAGGAAAAAUUUUUAGUUUGUAUAUUUCGUUAAUUAUAAUAAUGUUUAUUGAAGUAAAUAAUUAUUCGGAUUAAGAUCUAUUUUAUUUCAUGAGUUAUAAAAUUUUAAAGAAGUAAAUAUUUAAGAAAAAUAUAUUAAUUAUGAUAUAAUAUUAUCAUUUUUAUUGUGUAAAUUUAUAUUAUGAUAUGUAUUAAUGCAAUUAUAGAAAUUCACAUUAACAACAAAUAAAGUACUAUAUUAAAUGGAAUGAAAUGGUAUGUAAUUUUAUAAUCUUGAUUAAUGAAUUAUAGUGAAUUUGACAAAGAUUUGAAUCCAUUUAACUUUAACUCAAAAAAAUAAAUUAAUCAAAGUUAUUAUAAUACUAAACAUACAAAAAAUAAUUUUUAACAUUCUAAAAAACUAAAUUAAUUUAUUUGAAAAUAACAAAAUGAGAUAAUUUUAACAACUAAAGAAAAGUUAUUUGAAUCUAUAAGCAAUAUCUAGAUUAAAUGAAAACUAAUUUAUAUUUAGAAUAUAUGAUUAAUUUUAGAAGGUUGUUAAAAAUAGUAUUUAUUUAUAUCUUAUUUUUAUUAUUUUUUAUUAUUUAAAUCUUAGGAAUUUAUACUUUAUUUUAAACACUUAUUUUAAAAAUUCUCAAUAAUCUAAUAAUCUUUUUUUGUUAUUGGUUUAACAAAAAAAAUAAUAAAAAUAUUAUAUAUAUAUAUGUAUAUAUAAUAUAUAAUAUGUAAUAUAUAUCUAUAAAAUAAAUACAAUAUAAUACAAAACAUAAAAAUAUAUAUAAGCUAAAAAAGAAAUAAACAUACAAAUAAAAGUUAAAAAUUAGAAUCAAAAAUUGACGGCAUUAAAUGACAAUAAACAUAAAUUAAUUUUGAUGACAAUAAAUAUAAAUAAAUAUUGUUGAUUGAUUCUCACGAGAAUAAGACUUUUAUCUAAUAGAAUGAUGAUAAAUACAAAUGAUCAGACAUUGGAAAAAUCGAUAUUUUGAAAUUCUAUAUUUUUACUUAAAAUAGAAUUUUUUUCUCAUAAAAUAAUAAUAAUUUAAUUUAAUAAUAAUUUAGAUUGAAUUUGUCUUUUUUACAUUUGAUUCGCAAACUUUUCUUUAGUAAUUCAGGUUAUAACAAAUUUGGCAAAUGUUAAUUAUUUUUCUAAACUAGCCUUUAGCAUAGGAAUAAUAGAGAUGAAGUCGAAAAUCGUAUAUGCAAAAACAAAUGGUUUGAUCACUUGUAAAAAAGAACAAAUAUAAUAAGUUGAGAGACCUCUAGUAGGCAAUAUUCUCACAAAACUGCUCAAACUUUGAAUAAUUUGAUUUCGUCCCGUCAAAGAAACUUUCGGACGAAAAAAUAUAAUUGUUUGAUGUAUAGCUUAUUAUACUUUAUAUACACAUAAACUUUCAUUAGAAUUAAAAUUUUUACGGAUUAAAUAAAUUUUCUCAUAAGAUAGUGAGAUUUUUUUGAUUAGAUAUAUAUAUUUUAGAUAUAUAUAUUAACUACCGGUAAACAACUUCAAUUUUGCUUUCUUAAAGAAGGAACGAUAUUUUAGUGCAAAAUUUAUAUAGCGGAGUGUUGCGUGCUUUUCGCACACUCGACCGCACUAUUCAUACGAUGUCCGUAAUACAAAUUGAUGGAAGUUUAGGUGAAGGUGGGGGUCAAGUAUUAAGAAUAGCACUUUCUUUAAGUGUAUUGUAUAAAAUUCCAAUUAAAAUUAAUAAUAUACGAGCAGGUCGUCCUAAACCUGGACUUGCUGCACAACAUUUAAAAGGAGUAGAACUAUUAAAAGCUAUGUGUAAUGCAGAUGUUCAUGGAGCAUAUAUAGGAUCAACAGUAUUAGAAUUUAAACCUGGUCAAUUAAAUGAAAAAAGAAAUAAUACAUUUCUUAUAGAUACAGGAACUGCUGGUUGUAUUUGUUUACUAGCUCAAGUAGCUUUACCAUGUGCUCUUUUUUUUCCACAAAGGGAUAUGGUUACAUUAAUUCUUAAAGGUGGUACGAAUGUUCCUAUGGGACCACAUAUAGAAUAUCUCACAGAAGUAUUGAAACCAUUACUUAAUAAAUUUGGAGCAGAUUUUGAUUUUAGAGUUAUAACAAGGGGUUACUAUCCAAAGGGAGGUGGAGAAAUAUAUUUAUAUAUAAAACCUGUAUAUAUUUUGAAAGCUAUUACUUUAACUGAUCCAGGAAUUCCUCGUGAAAUAUUAGGUUGGGCAUAUGUUGCAGGUGUUGUUCCUAUUAAAGAAGCACAUAAAAUGGCCAAUGAUGUAAAAUCAAUUUUAACAGAAGGUCUAAACAAGCAUAAUAUUCCAUUACCACCUAUAAAUAUUGAAGUCUAUAAAGAGGAUAAAUCUAUAGCUAUUGGUAAUGGUUCUGGCAUUAACGUAACAUGUACUACGACUAGUGAAUGUAUUUUUGGUGGAUCAGGAUUGGGUUCUGGACGUCAAGAGCAAAUAGCUCCGGGUAUACAAGCAGCUAAUGAAAUUUUGGACACAAUUUUAACAAGAUCUUGCGUCGACGAUUACGCACAAGAUCAAUUAAUCAUCUUUAUGGCUCUAGCUAAAGGUACUUCUAGAAUUAAUCUUGGCAGUAAAAAACUUACUUGUCAUACAGAAACAGUUAUAAAAGUUGCAGAGUUGAUGUUAGCUCAAUUUAAUCUUCAUUUUAAUUUAUGUGAAAAUAGUAAUGAUGGAGAUAAUAUUUCAUACAGCUUAGAAUGUAAAGGUUGUGAAUAUGAAAAUAAAUAUGCAGAAUAAAUAUGUAUGUUUUAUAUUGUGCAAUAAAUAUUAUUUGAAUGCAAAA